GUGUGGGAAAAUAAAGAGCGGCCGGCUGGCGCGCAGGCGCGGCAGGUCUCCCCUUGACGGAUUUGAAGGGUCCGCCGCUGAGCCGCUCCGCUCCGAGUGAAAUUCAAAGCGAGAGGCGCUAAACGGAGUUUUCACCCGCCUGGCGAUCGCGCGGUAAUGUGACCAGGAAGGAUGAGAUGGGAGCAGGUGGAAGAAGAAUGUUCUGUACAUCCGCUGCUUGCCAAAGACUGACAGUGUGCUGGAUCAAAUUGAGCCAUGCCGGGGUAGAUGACAAGUGCCUUUGAGGGGCUUUUGGGCAACUUUCACCCAAGCUGUGCACUCGAGGGGAAGAGGACACUAAUCCAGUCCUGCGUUAAUGACCGUUUCUCAACGGUGGGAAUGGGACCAGCUUACCCAUUGUUAACAUUGGUGCAGUCCACCGAAGGAGAAACGUUGUGGCCCUUUCAGUGCGGCCAAAAGUGUAGAAAGGUUCGAAACUGGAGACAUAUUUAAACUGUGAAGAAGAAAGACCAUCCAACUUUGCCAAAACGUUUAAUAUCACUGGCCGAUUCCCAACACAGUUUGGCGCCAGCUGACUUGAGGAAGAAAAGCUGGAACUAGCGGGCUGAUCUUUUCCAUCUUCCAAGUCUUCGAGCUGUUGUCUGUGCUCAGCCUCCUGUUGCACGUCCCUUUGAUAAGGGUGCUGGAAACUCUCAAUACUGCUGCUGAGCAUUUCAGGUCGACAUUCGCCUUUUUGGGAGACUCAUCUGUGCACAGUAUAAGUUAUUCUGAGAUCAGUCCAGUGCAUGGUGCCACCGUGGUUCCAGACCUGAAGAUGGAAGAUGCACAAGUUAUGGAUAUCGUGUUGAACACAGUGAGCCCUGAACCCCUGCAACCUGCUGUUCCGCUCUCGGUAACGCUGGGACUGACCAUUGUCUACACUGCACUUUAUGGACUCCUCUUCCUCCUUAUCUACAUCCAGCUCUGGCUGGUGCUGCAUUACAGGCACAAGAAGUUCAGCUACCAGACUGUCUUCCUCUUCCUGUGUCUCCUGUGGGCUGCUCUGAGGACUACCCUCUUCUCAUUUUACUUCCGAGACACCAUCAAAGCCAACACCCUGGGCCCUUUCUCCUUCUGGCUGCUCUACUGCUUCCCGGUCUGCCUGCAGUUCUUCACCCUCGGUCUCAUGAAUAUGUACUUUGCUCAGGUAGUCUUCAAGACGAAAGCAAAAUAUUUCCCCGAGAUGGCCAAAAAGCUGAUUUCCAGCCACCAUUUAGUUUUGUCACCUCUGUUGUGCGACGCUAGACUUCCCAUCCGAUUGGUUUUCCUAGUUGCCAGCUUGCUGUUCCUGACGGUGAAUUUGACCUGUGCCUUGCUGGUGAAGAUUCAGCACGUGGAGACCAAGACCAUCGUCCUGGUGCGGGUCAUCAUCAACGACUCCCUCUUCGUCGCCUGUGCCAUCACACUGGCAGUCUGCCUCUACAUCAUUGCCAAGACGUCGCCUUCCACCAGCAUCUACCUGGAAUCCAAGGGGACGUCGGUGUGUCAGACCACAGCUGUGGGAGCACUGGUGUUCCUUCUGUAUGCCAGCCGGGCCUGUUAUAACCUAGUCGCUGUGAUGUGUUCACCAGAUUCGCACGACUCUUUUGAUUAUGGCUGGUACAACGUUUCUGACCAGGCUGAUCUGAUGUCGAAUCUCGGGGACAAAGGUUACCUUGUGUUUGGUUGCAUCCUGUUUUUUUGGGAGCUGCUGCCCACAGCCCUGCUGGUGUUGUUUUUCAGAGUUCGCAGACCAGCUCAGGAUCUGGCUGGGACUGGGAUAAUUAAUGGCCAGAGCUUUGCUUCCCGUUCGUAUUUCUUUGACAACCCUCGUCAGUUUGAAGGCGAUGACUGUCCCUGGGCAGUGGGGUCACAGAGCGAGCAGGACAGUUUAUCCAACAGUCUCCAGCGUAACGGCUGGUAUGGCACCGACAAGGGUAACGUUGAACCAGCCUGGUAUGAGGGGGUGUCCCAACAUACCACCGCACCUUUACUCUUUGCCAGAGACCACAUGCAAGGCAGCAGCUACUACCACACGUUCUACUCCACUCCGCAAACAUAGACUUUCCAGCAUUCCAAUGGGACACUCCGAUUCAAUGAGCAGCUUGCUUUUUUGUGUAUCAGUGUUGUAAAACUAACCAUCACUUGGAGGAAGCAGGCAGCAGGGACUGCUGACGGAAUCUAAGCUAGUUAGCCAAACGUGCAUCUUUAAACCGAUAUUGGCACCGUACCAAGCAGAUGCAAUAACUCGUGGACGUCCCUUUCAGAAGCUAUCUUUGCCCUCCUGCUCAACAGCGGAGGUCGGUUGCUGAAGUAAGAACCGUGCGUGCAGCCCUUGGCCAAAUCUAGAGGCGGUUUCCUAUCUGACAGGAUUGUUCAGCUACUUCUCCUCACUCCCCCACCUUCGGCUCUUGUCUCAUUCUCCAAACCAGAGGCCCGCAUCAGUUCCCGGUGUAUCCUAAUCACUGGUCAUUCUACGUGUGAGAGUUUAACUAUCGAGGGUGAAAGUGGGCGCAAGCAGAAUCGACAUUUCCUCCUGCCCUCUAGUGUGGCCACAGAUUUUUUGUUUUCAACAUGGGAAAGAGGUCACUUGGCUGGUCCUGUCUGUGGCAGCUCUCCAUUAAGCAUCGGUACCAUUCUCCUGUUGUCUUCCUAUAACUCCGCAAAAGUCCCAUUCCAAACAACUAAUCCGUUCCCUUUCGACUGCCUUGAUAGAACCUGCUUCCAUCACACACUAAAGCAGUGCAUCCCAGACCCUAAUCACCCAUUAUGUGGAAUGUUUUCUCCUGAUUGCUUUUUGUUUUGCUUCCUUUACUAAUUAUCCAAACCUGUGCUUGACCCUUUCACGAGUGGAAGCCUUUUCCCCUUGUUUACUCUUUGCCCACUGCUCAUGAAUACUGUAAUGAGAUCUCCCCUCAGCCUUCCUCUUUAGUGAGAUGCUGGUGUUGGACUGGGGUGGGCAGAGUUGAGAAUCACACAA